CGGAUCCGACGGCACGGGGCGCGCCGCGCCGGCUAUAUAAUGGCCGCCCGCUUCGUGGGCUUCGAACUCGAAGCCGUGCGGUGUGGUGUGCCCAGCAAGCCGCGCCGGCGCCGACCCCACCAACCAACCGCUCCCUCGCGUACUCCCCGUCCGUCUCCACUUCCCUCGGCCCGGCGGUUGCCGUCUCGUCUCGUGUCGAGCGCGAGAUGGGGGAGGCGGAGGAGGAGGAGGUGCAGGAGGCGGAGGAGGCCGGCGCGCGGAAGCGGAAGCGCGGCGCGGGCGGGGAGGCGGAGGGCGACGCCAGCGGCGUGGAGGAUGCGGCGGAGGGCGGCGCGUACGACAAGGAGGACCUGCUGGUGGAGGACGGCGCCGGCGAGGGCAUCGCGGAGGAGGCCGUGGCGGAGGUGAUGCGGUGGCUGGAGGCGGAGAUCGCAGGGCCCCCGCCGGCCGGCCCCGGGUUCGUGACCAUCAACGGCAACGAGGAGAGCUGCGGCCCGUCCUUCUCGGCGGCGGCGUCGACGGUGAUGGCCUCCGUCGACACCCGCGCCGGCGCGCCGCCCCCGCCGCCCGUGCCCUGGCCGUGGCCGGACCCCGUUCCCGCGGCGGGGGGCGCGGGCGUGGGGGCGCCGGCGGUGGAGGACGUGGAGAUGGUGGGGCCGGGCGGCGAGGCCGACGAGGAGUGGCUGGCAAGCCUGCUGACCUGCGCGGGGCCCCUGCUGGAGGGCGUCCUGCUCCUGUAGCCCGCCGCCCCGCGAGCCUAUCGUCGAGUAGAGAGUAGCAGUAGGCAGUAGCCGUAGGAGCAGCAGGGAAGGAGACAGAAGGACGGGGGGGGGGGGGGGGGGGGGGGGGGCUCCGCUGGGCGCUGGCCUACCCUUUUUUGGACGCUUGUACAGUGGGAACGGGGCCGGUGGGUGGUGGUUCGUUUUGGCGCCGCUCGCUCCGUCGCUCUCACAGUCCUGUCUCGGCGGCGGCGCCGUGUGGCGUGGGCGCGUCAGGACGUCGGGUCUCGGUCUCGUCCGGCCACUGAUGAUGCGAUGGGAUGCAGAAACUGGAAGCGAUCAGUCGAUUGGGACGCUGUCUGGUAGGCACGGUUGGUUCUCCAUUGUUUCUUUUCAAACUUGUCGAACGUGGCCGUGUCGCCUCCCUGUCCUCUCGCCGGAAUCCCAGGCGGCCCGAGACCAAACAGUCCGUGCUAGCCGGGUCGAGCAACAACUACUUGUACCUAUUUUUCUUCGAGUCAUCGAGAAACUCCGUGCACGAAUCGAAUCGGGACGGAAGGUUAGACGACAGACGCGCACGAACACGACCUGCUGGAGUGAGUUACGCCUGGGAUGAUCGGACGCUCGAUCGGCGCCUGGAACCAACGACGGCGUCACGCCGUGCAGAAGCAGCCGCUGCUGGCCCGCGACCGCCGCGUCCCACUGUCCCAGCCCCAGCGACCCUAGUGUGUUCGACUGGUCGUGGUCCAGUCCAGUAGGACCAGUACGCAUCGACC